CAUUGCCGCACGACACAACGCAAGAGGGCCCUGCCUGGCAUUGGGCAGGGAGGUGUGAAACUGCGGGGCUGUACAGCACGUCGCCGUCAGGAUGUUUCUUGAUGUCGUAUGGAGGAACGGCAACAUUUUACAGUCCCAUGUUAAGUCCUGAUGUCCGUUCAAGCGCUUCGGGAGAUUUUUGUUCUGGGGAAACGAGUCAACGUGGACGGUUGCUCACUAGUUGCUCCGUUGAUCGUUUUAUGAGUAAAAGUACACGUUGUACGUGUGUGUGUGUGCAUGUCUGAGUGAAGGUGUAAAAGCCGCACGAUGGUGGGGUGGAGAAAGCGUACAGCCCUUUCGUUAAUCCACUGCUGGAAUGGUGGGCCUCCUCAUGCAGUGCUAGUUGAGGGCGGGGCGACCGUUCCCACCAACGAGAACGAGGAGGAAGAGGCAGAGGAGCAGAGCGGCAGUUACUUCGUGGAGACCCCCUACGGGUUCCAGCUGGACCUCGAUUUCCUCAAGUACGUCGACGACAUCGAGAAGGGCAACACCAUCAGGAAGAUCUCCAUCCAGAAAAAGGGCGCCAAGGCGCUGAGGAACGCCAGCAGCGCGUCGCUCAGGAGCUGGGGCACGCCGGGCGAGGCGUGGACCUCCUCCGAGUCGCUCUCCUCCUCGACGAGCGAGGAGAGCCGGCUGUCGCUGCGAGCGGGGAGCCUGCCGAAGCGGGCCGAGGCGGGCGACCGCGCUCCCGAGAGCUCUCCGGGAUGCCCGCGGCUUGCCUCUCCCGUUCCGGCUCGGGCCGCCGAGACGGCGGCGGCGACGGCGGCGGCGACGGCGACGACGACGACGACGGCGGCGACGGCGACGACGACCGGGAUGCCGGACCCCCCCGCGCUGUCCCCACGAUCAUUGUCCGGGCGGGACCUGCGCGUGGAGAAGACGCUCAUAGAGACGAAGCUGAGGCUGGAGCGCGAGCAGAGGAUCAUUCGGAGCCAGGAGGAGCAGACGGUCACGUUUUGCAGCCACGUGACGACGACCGUCGCUGCACCUGCUCGGCAGCGGCAGCAUGAGGACCAUCAACAAGCCGCGAAGGUUUCGGGAGGAUCGGACUCCCGGCCUGAGCCCUCUGACUUCACCAAACACGAGCAGGAGGAGCCUCAGCCGGAGCAGCUGUACACGGACCGCUCCACGGGCUCGGUGAGCUCCGAGUCGUCGGCGACCGAGGUGAGGUCGCGUAGCGAGGCGUCCUCGCUGGCGAACGGCCUCUCGGCUCACGGCGACGGCAGCGCGUCGCUCAGCCCCUCCGGCACGUCCACGCCGUCGCUGAGCGGCCUCAACCAGGCGCACCUGCAGACGAUCCGUGAGCAGAUGGUGCUGGCGCUGCGAAGGAUGCGGGUGCUCGAGGACCAGGUGAAGGUCAUCCCGAGCCUGCGCGACGAGAUCGAGCGGCUCCGCGCGGAGAGGGGGCGGCUGCUCCGGGGAGCCGGCGAGCGGGCGGGCGACCGCGGGGAGCCCGGCGGGGCGUCGCGCGGCCGCUACGAGACGCUCGAGAAUCUGGCGGAGAGGAGACAAGAGUGCACCGUGAACUUCGUGACCUCGACGCAGUACAACGCGGCGCAGUUUGCCGCGGACGCUCGGGGAGUGGCGGAGCCGACGCGGGAACUUCAGGCGGAUUAUUCGAGCGAGGGCGAGUUCCCCGACCCUCGCUGCGACGGCGACGAGGCGUGCGGCGAGGCGUCCGCCAGGUCGUCGCGAGCCAACGGGAGUCCGCAGCUGCUGACGUCGCCACAUUCUGCGUGGGGCGCUCGCUCGAAGGUGUUGGUGCGAAGCGUAGGGGUCGGGGUUGCCGAGGGGCAGCUGCCCGGAGGGGCCGCCCCGUCCGCUUGGGAGCUCGAGUCCCAACAGGAGGCGGUCCGCGGGCUUCGGGAGAAGGUCCUCGUUCUGGAGAAGCAGCUGCGGGAGACGACGCACGAGCUGGACAUGACGCGAAUCAAGCUCGAGCUGUCGGGCGGUCCCGGGAAGAGCGUGGCCGAGCGAAACGUCCGAGUCCUCGCGGCCCAGACCGCGGGCGAGGCCGCCGGACCGCGGACAGAGCCGGCGAGGGCGGAGGCCGCUCCGUCGCGCCAAUCUGUGUCGUGCCAAACGGAACACGUUGAAGGCGGCGGCGAUGGAGCCGAGCCCAGCGCAGCGGCAAUGGCUGCAGCGGCAGCGGCAGAGGCUGCGGCGGAGAGCGAGCGAGCGUUGAGGAUUGAGCGGAGGAGCGUUGCCUGCGGGGAGUGCUCGGUGGACGUGCUUGCGGUGCCGCCGGGGGAGCGUGUGUCGCGCGGGACGAUGACGGACGCCGUCGGCAAGGCGGACGCCGUGACGAUGGCCUCCCCGAGCACGGAGAGCCGGGGAGCGGGCAACGACCACCCGGAGAGGAGCGACCGAUGCGUGGGCACCACCGCGCCGUGCCUGGCGGAGGCGUCCACCUCCGCCGCCGUCUCCUGCCGCGACGCCCAGAAUGGCACGGUGGCCGUGGAGGUCAGGACGGUGUCUGUGGGGAAUUGUGAGCGCUACGAGGACACGCGCCGCUCGGUGGGCGUGAACACGGCCGGCGUCGGUGCCGCGAUCCGGCCCAGCUGCAGGGAGGCCGCCGUCGGCUCCGUCGAUUUCUCCGAGAACUUUUUGGUCGGCGCAGAGGUGAGGAGCGUUUCCUGCGACACGGAGGAGCUGGAGAACGAGGCGGAGGGAAACGAAGGGUCGGAGGUCGCGGGGGGCGCGGAGCUGUCUCGCUACAUCGAGCACGUGCAGCGCCUCCUGCACGAGCAGCAGGCGCUGCUCGCCGACAACUACGCCGAGCUGGCGGACGCCUUCGCCGAGCCGGCCACCGAGCUGGGCUCGCUCAGCUCGCGCCUGCUCACGACCGUCACCGCGCUCUCCUCGCUGCAGCGGCCGCCCGCGACGCCGCCCGUCGCCCCGGACGCGGCUGAGGGUGGGAAACCGGACCCCGGCGACGUGACCCACCGGGGGCCCUCCGAGUCGGCCAGCGACGACGUGUUCGAGACGGAAGGGCAGGCGGCCCAACCGGCAGCGGAGGAGGAAGCGGAGCAGCGGAGCAGGGGUCACGUCAACGCACACUUUCUGUCGCCUGUGCAGGUUGCUUCCGUGUCGGACACGGGAUCCUCGUCCGUGUCACCCACGCUCAAGUCCAUCAUGAAGAAGAAGGACGGCGCUGGCUCCACCGGCGGCGAUCCCAGCAGCGGCACCAAGAAGAGCCUCCAGUUCGUGGGUGUCAACGGCGGGUACGAGACGACGUCGAGCGAAGAGUCGAGCUCCGAGAGCUCAUCCUCUGGAUCGGAGGAUGAGGACGAUGACGAUGACGAGGAGGAGGAGGAGGAGGAAGAAGAGGAGGACGACGAUGAGGGGCUCGGGGAAGUCAUCCACAUGCAGCCCAAUGGCGGAGCGGCGGGGAGGAGCGAGGCGGAGCGGCAAGACGGAGACGCGCAGGAGGUCGGAAGGGAAGAGCCGGUGGCUGAAGCCAAGCAAGAGGAGCAGGAGGCUCCGACGGAGAGGUACGAGAUGAGCGAGAGCAUGCACACAGCCUGCUCCACGCUCAAGGCUCACCUGGAGGAUCACAAGUCCCUCAACACCAAGGACGUGGUGCGCGCCAGCAUGUCGGAGCUGCAGCACGAGUGGUUCCGCGUGUCGAGCCAGAAGGGGAGCGCGGCGCCGCUCGUGGGCGGCCUCCUCGCCGAGCUGCGCCGCCUCUCCCCGCCCGUGCUGCGCCUUGUCGCCAACAUGGCCGAUGGCAACGGCAACACGGCGCUGCACUACAGCGUGUCGCACUCCAACUUCGCCAUCGUGCAGAUGCUGCUGGGCACAGGCGAGUGCAACGUGGACGCGCAGAACAAGGCCGGCUACACGGCAAUCAUGCUGGCGUCGCUCGCCGCCAUCAACUCGGAGCGCGACAUGGCCGUCGUGCAGAAGCUGCUGAGCCUGGGCGACGUCAAUGCUCGUGCCAGCCAGGCGGGCCAGACGGCGCUGAUGCUGGCCGUGAGCCACGGCCGCAAGGACAUGGUGCGAGCGCUGCUCGCGUGCGGCGCCGACGUGAACGUCCAGGACGACGACGGCUCGACAGCGCUCAUGUGCGCCAGUGAGCACGGCCACGUGGACAUCGUCCGCCUGCUGCUCGCCCAGGCGGGCUGCAACGCGGCCAUCGCCGACAAUGAUGGAAGCACAGCGCUGUCGAUAGCGCUCGAGGCUGGACACAACGACAUCGCCGUCCUGCUCUACGCACAUGUGAACUACGCCAAGCCCCCCUCGCCCGGAACUCCUGUGCUGGGUCGUAAGAUGCCCCAAAGCCCGACUCACAGGAUAAAAGCGGAGUAGGCCUCUCCCGAGACGUGCCCUUAAGUUUCCUCCGUAACAAUAGGUAGGUAAGGCGUCGAGACCAAGAUUACGCAAGUCCGCCUUGUCACGCGUCCACCCGUUCAGCAGUGUCCUCGCGGCGACAAAACUUUUGUAAGAGCUCCACGUGCUGGGAAAAAACAAGAGGUGUCUCAAAUGUGUCUUUAAGCUAUAACCCACCUUUUGCCGAAGUAACAGGGGAACGAAAUCAACAAUCAGGUAGUGUUCGCUUGAAUUUACAGCCUCUCCCAAUUUACUUUUCUUUUUAUACCCUCACAUGGUGAAUAAUUGAACAAUGCUGCAGUGCCUUACUCGGCUGCAAUGUAAGUAGGUAUGAACUUCUUUCGCACCGUUGUAAUCGGAGAUGUGGAGGAGCAUGUGCACAGUAUUCCAUAAAGGAUUCAAGUUUCCAAGUAUGAAUUGAAUUCCUCUCGAUUAGUUUAAAAAAAAUGUAUCACCAUAGGUUAGUCAUGGUAUGGCCGAAAACAGAUAAGUUAUAUAUUUUCGCAAAUCUUAGCAGGGCUUGGUGUCUUACAUUGAUUGAGGCAUUCUUCCUGACUUAAUGCAUGAGCAUCACGCAAAGCCACAAUGUACAAAUUAAUUAGCUGUGAUUUUUCUUUGGGCUCAGGGAUUCACGAUUAACGUUUAGGAAAACUGCCAGUCGGGCGCUGUACAAUUACUAACAUUCUUCACACUUUUAUUCACAACACUAAAAGUAUGAGAAAUUUUGAAGGCUGGGUAAAUAAACCGGGUCUGGCCAAUGCCUCUAAAUCCCUUAGUUGUCAUUUGUUGUUUUGGUAAAUGUUCAGGAUUUAAAUUGGUAACUGCUAAACUGGAUAUUUCAUGCACAUCUGGUACUAAACGCAUAUGUCAAACACGUAAGCAAUGCUUCUCGACAAAUAACAUUUCCAUUACGUUAUUGAACCAAAAUGUAUUUUUUUUUAUUUUAGUGUAUAUUCACGGUAACGAGUAUAAAUCUUUGUUGUACAGUUAAAGUGUGGAAGAAGGUCGAUGCAUAAAAGCAAUGUUGGUACCGUCUUUGAAAAUGUAUUCAGGCAUUUGAACAUGUACAGAAUCCUACCCAAACAUGUUUUUUUCAAUGUUAAUGGGUUAUUUUUACUGGCUUUGCCCAUGGUUACUUGUAUUUUAAACCUUGAUGCAACCUUCUAUAUACGGUAUGUAAUCAUUUAUUUACGAGCAUGUGAUUGUACUGUCCUGCCAGCUUUUAGUGACCUAAUAUUUAACAAACCUUCAGCAACAUUUCCACAUUCGAGAUGGUAAUGACUAGGUACGAUCAUUAAAACUACGGCCAACGGCCUUGUCUUGAAGUUGUAGAUAUGCCACUGAGGUGUUGCCAUGUUAAUAACUAAAGUGCCUUAGGCUACCAAUUAAUCCCGUAGCCAUUCCUGUACAUAAACGUUAUUGCGAUGGAUAGUGGUGACUGUUUUUCGUGGAAGUGGCCCUCUGUGUAAUUGUUCCCUUUUGAGAAGUAUUUUAUAUACAAGUGUUUAAAAUGUUUAUGCAGAUUAGGUGUUUAAAUGCUACACUUGGCCAUUAUUACCACCAUACGAAAAAACCCAGACUGUUGAUGUGAAACCCAGCGUCAGUUUAAACCUCAUUCUUGCCAGUUGUAUUCAAAUAAAGACAUUUUAACUUGUAUAUUGCCAGUUUUAGUAAUGACUGUUACGAGUGAAAUAUCUAAUCCAUUGUUUUUCAUGUACAUUUUAACUCCCGAUUAUCCGUGGGUGGAUUAUCCGGGUCGUGGAUUAACCGGGUCGCGGAUUAACCGUGCUUUCAGACAAAAUAUAUAUUUUUACGUGCGCUUCGAUCAGCUGCUCCUCACUCAUAACUGUGCCCAAGUGACCGCAAACACGUCGGCAAGUAGACAGAUUACUUUAACAAACAAUAAAAACGAAUGACAAAUUAUGUCUUCACCCCACACCCCCCUAUUGUGGGUAAGUAAAAAAAUUCAAUUAUCCUAACGUAUGUUUUGUAUUAUCUGUGUGAGAGUUGACGAUUAGUUUCAGAAAAACAUGUCUGUUUGAAAUAUCUUGCCACCCGAGGAUAUUGCAAAUUGGUAAACAGCAAAUGUAAGUGUGCCUGAGAAUGUAUUAUGAAAAAAAAAAUGAAAUUGUUCACACCCACACAAUGACGCCUACAAAUAACUAUAAAUGUAUUACAAAGACGAAUAUGUUCAGGAUAGAUUUAUUACAUGUGUGCAUGUUAUACAGCAAGCACGUUUUAUAACACAACAUUGUCCAAUGUAGGCACCGGAAACUUUAACUGCAUUCUAGUACGAUGCUUGGACACUUUUUUAAAACGAAUGAUUCUUGGUGGUAUUGUACGGUCACGUGCAUUGUCUACAAGUAUGGCUGGUCAGUUGAUAUUUUCCACACCGGAAUCUCUCCGGGUCUCAUGGGUUUCUUCUCGACUUUUUCCACUGCCGACUCGCCGCUGUAAACAGAGGACAACUGAUAUAUAACAGGUAUGCAAGAUGAUGAUGAUGAGGUAUGCAAGAGUUAGAUGUCUGUGCACAAAUGAAGGGCAAGCAGGUGGGUAUGGACACAUUGCACAUUUGAAUGCCUCAUUUGCAGAAUAACAGUCAAAAUCGGCAGAGUCGUUUUAUACUCACCUCGUUUUCACAGCUCUGAGAGUGGUGGUGGAACUUCAACACUUCUAUUUUCCAUAGGACAGCAAAUGUCGACUUCCUAAUGUUUUCAUGGCUGCACCUAAUAGCACGUUGAGCACUGACGGUACCUUUUAAUAAUCUGCCCUACUAAGGUAUUCUGCAAAUCUGAAUUUGAAGCUGAAUAAUAAUGUUUAUAUGUAUCUUUUAAUAAACUAGCAAAUAUGUC